AUGGCGUCCACACAGCCACGCCAAGGAGAUGCUGGAGGCGGAGGAGUUGGAGAAGCGCACUUGCAUCUAUCAUCGCAGAUCGACACUCACAACUUGCGCCAAUUCUCGCGGUCGCCUCAUCCAUACCACCGCAUUGGCUCGAAAGUAGCGUCCAGAAAACAACAAUGCUCACCAGCAAGAAGCGAUUGCCAGGCAAGUGACUCGGGUAGCGUAAACGGCGGCAGCGCUGCUCAGCCACGACGCAAUGGGUGGACGAGGACAUCUCAACGCACAUCAAGCGAAAGCGGCACAGAAGCGGAUGAUGAAAGUACGGCGUUCCUCAAAGGGUUGCCAGCACCCCCGACGAGGUCGAGGAAAGGUCUACGGAGUACUGCCGGUCGAGACGAUCCAGUUCUCUGGUUGCAUCAUGAAACUCCCACCUCAUGGUCACUGUUUGUGCGAUCGCCCUUAAGGAGCUCACCAAAGCGUAGCUCCAGCGAGGAGUCCAUCCGCAAGUCUGUAUCUAUUGCCCGCGGGGUUGUUCUACGUCAGAAACGAAAUGAGGUUCUUCGCAGAUGUACUGAAACAGCUCUGUUGCUCUCCGUUGGUGCUAUUGUUUUGCUUCGAGAGGAUGUGCGCGCAUAUGCAUAUUCGUGGCGUAAAGAACUGUAUACCUCCUUGUCUUUGGUCAUUGCCCUCUAUGCCCUAUACCCGCUUCGCUUUUCGGUUGGCCGUCGUGGGCCGCGCGUGACAUUCGUAUUUUCUAUACCCGACAGCUUCGAUCCAGCACCGCUAUUAUACCCUAUCCUCAUUCCUGUUUUUGUGGCCUUGUCGACUUUGCAUCACCGUCCAGCGUUGAUUUUACCAAAUAUUGUCCUUAGUCUUUCAUCGAUACCCUCUCAAGUUGUUCCACUACAUACAUUGCAUCACGGGCGCCUCAGUUUGACUCAAUGGGCUAUUAGCACCGUCCCGAUUAUUCUUUCGGAGCAUGAUAUCACGCAUUUGAGCUCUAUGUCUAUACCGCUGUCAUUACGGGGGCUCGAUUCUGAGGUCCUCCUUCUCCUAUACCCAUUACAUCUGUCCCUAAUAGCCACCCUCGACUUUCUUCUCGCUACGAGUCUACUUCCUGCAGAGCUUCAUCUGCUAGGAGCUGGUCUCAUAAACCUCUUUUUAUUCGCCACAUCACCCCAAGCCGAGAUUUUGAAAGCGCUGCUAUGGCUGGGCGGACUGAGUGUCUGGGUACUUUGCCGUGCUGUUCUUCGAUGGGAGAUAACACUGGCUAGAAUUCCGACUUGGAAAUUUCGCCGACCGCCCAGUAGCUCUCUGUCACCAAAGAAACUUAUUAAUUUUAUAGAUCACAAAAUUUGCGAAAAGAUCAGUGCCCUGGGUACGGGCAGUGAAAAGGAGCUGGAUUCAGAUAGCGACGAUGACGAUGAUAAUGAUGAUGCCAACAGUCCCAUAAAAUCAUCACCGCGUCAGAGCAGCCUGCCUCGUCAGAAUGGCUUCUUCGCGCGUCGUGUCGAGCUUUUAUCUGCUGCAGAAAGUAUUCGACUCGAUGAUCUGUGGCCCUCCUCCUGGGCUGCAACCAAACAACUUCUCACAUCACACAGAAGACGCCAUACCAUCUCGACUGUUGAAGAUCUCGAAACCGUAAGAUCUGGACGAGAACCUCGGACCACACCGGGCGGAAGACGCAAGCGGUCGAUGGCGCCUGACCUGGCUUCGUUCCUUUCCUUGACGGCGGCCCAAGCACGCAUUCGAAGAUGGCUCUUUGCUGGGUACAUAUUCGCAGCUGUGCUUUUAAUCAUCCUUGCCCCCGUCCGAAGGUAUAUCACAAAGGCAGCUCUUCACGGAAGCGAUCCAUUUGGCUGGGCGUUGGGUUAUAUGUUUGGAAACAUACCGUCUUUUCGGCUGUGGACAGUGAAAUGUAAUCUUGAGUAUUGGAUCCAGCUUCCAAAGCGCCACGAGGAACUGCAAUUCUGUCAUAUGGGUUGGGUUGAACAUCUGCGUCGGGAAACUUUUGGAGAAGCAACCACCCGUCUCCUUAUCAGUGGGUACUGUAUGGUGGUGCUGAUAGUCGGGAUGGCCACGGUCCUUCAACUAAGCAAAUUUACCGAGGUGGAUACACGACGUAAGGUGUUUCAUGGGAUGAUGGUGCUUAUGUUUCUUCCCAUCACAUACAUUGACCCGACGUAUCCUGCUCUCGCUUUGGUCCUUGUGCUUGCGGUGUUUCUGCUUUUCGAUUUACUCCGCGCAUCUCAGGUGCCUCCAAUUGCUAAGCCGCUUACCUACUUUCUAGCUCCCUACACUGACGGCCGCGAUCACCGAGGCCCGGUCAUUGUGUCGCACAUAUUCUUGCUCAUUGGCUGUGCUAUCCCCCUGUGGCUUUCACUUGCCGACCUGCCUCGGGUUGAGGGUGAUGGGCCUUGGCUAGGCUGGGAAGUCCCCUCUCGGGACGUGAGCAUGGUUAGUGGCAUUGUGUGUGUGGGCAUGGGAGACGCAGCAGCAUCGCUCGUUGGACGUCGGUACGGCCGUCUCAAAUGGUUCUGGGGCGGUGGCAAGUCCUUGGAAGGCAGCUUGGCGUUUGCCGUAGCUGUGUUUAUAGGCUUGAUGGCUGCUCGGAUCUGGCUGUCGGUUGGCGGUUGGACCGCCAUCUCUGACCCAUCCUUAUCAUCAACAUCAACUGCCACAGCUCUGAUUGCUUUCUGGCUCCUCGCAGCCGUGAAAUGUCUUGUCGCCGCAGGUGGCGCCAGUCUCACCGAGGCUGUCCUGACUGGCGGCAAUGAUAAUGUCAUUGUCCCGGUUGUACUGUGGCUGCUUGUCCGAGGAUUGGCAAUUUAA